GACAAAAAUUUAAGAAAGUGACACUUUAUUUGCAGACAAACAAAAAAUAUAAAAUGUAUACGUUGUCUGUCAGUUGUUUAGUCAGUUGUUUGUGCUAAGUUUUUUUUUUUUUUUAAUAACUCUUAUGUCCGCAGGCAAUAAUUAUUUGUGAGCUAUUGUUAUUAAGCUAUUGGCAAUUUCAAUAAUUAUUGCACAAAAAAAUAUUUCCGUAAAAAAAAAUUUCAUAUUAUUUUGCUUUAAAAGCAGCAACAGGCCACUUGCAAUACUUCUCAAUAAAAUAAUUUGCGAAAUUAAUGCAUUUAAAUAACAAAACAACAAAAAAUAAUUGUCCUCCAACGACCAUUUGGCGCACAGGGCUUCAUUUGCUAACUACAACAUAUAAUCGAUUACCACGAAAAUCGUUUAAUCCAAAAGUGCAAUGAAAAUAUUAGCUGGACUGGCGCGACUCGCUUUUUAGUGAGCUAUACGAAAAAAAGGAAUGGACUGCGUUUUAUAAAGUUUGUUGUAAACUAUAUUCAAGAUGAAGUUUAGUUUUCAAGUAAAUUGUAUUAAUUUUUGGCAAUAAUGGUUGCACUUGUUUGACGUUUUCUGUAAAUGUCAGAAAAAAACAAAGUAAUCUUGAUAAAAGUUAUAAAAAGUAAAUAAGACCUUUCUGAUUCGUAAGCAUUGAAACAAAUUAUAAGGCUAAAUUCGUAAUAAAAUACGUGACCAAAAAUUUAAAGUUAAGCCUAUGAAAAAAAGGUUUUGCGAUGUAAAUGGUACAAAAAUAUUAGAAAAACCUUUGUAAAUAUUUAGUGUCGAAUUCACGGAUAAUUAACGAAAUGAUGGAUGAUAAUUUAUGGCUUAUUGAGUUAGAGUCAGCGCUCUUAGAUGACUGUAAUGUUAACGACAUAUAUGCUAUUUGCCGAGGCAAAGCUAUUCCCGAAUCGUUGCGUCCUGACGUGUGGCAAGUGUGCCUCGAUGUGCGUCACAAAAGCGAUCAAAUGUCGUUGUUCAAUGAAAUUUUUGAUUUACCUUUUCAAAAUACGUUACGUGAAGACUGUCAAGCGAUUGUGGAUCGAAUUGGAAAUGAUGAUGAAGACAAAGUUUCAGUAAUUUCCGAUUUGGAAUCGAUCCUCACAUUUUAUUGUAAAAAUCGAAAUUUUUUGUAUGAAAGUGAUAAUGGUUGGAUAGAAUUAUUAUUACCUUUGUUGGCACUAAAGUUGAAUCGCUCUGAUACAUACAACCUAUUCGAGGCAAUAAGAGACAUAUACAUACCCAAGGGUUGCAAACCAAAAGGCAACGUGUUUCACGUUUUUCGCUUACUCAUACUAUAUCAUGAUCCUGAAUUAUGUACAAUGUUAGAUACGAAAAAAAUUACACCAGAUCUGUACUCAAUGCAAUGGUUCCGAUGUUUGUUCGCUUCGAGCUGCAGCCUUACCGUCAUUCUCUCGAUGUGGGAUUUAUAUUUUCAGCAUGCAGAUCCCUUUAUGGUUUUCUUCUUGGCAUUGAUUAUACUUGUUAACGGGCGUGACUUAAUAUUAGAAAUGAAAGAUGCAACAAAAGAAGAUUUAAUAAAAUUUCUUUCUAAUAUGCCUUGCGCUUUAGAACCGGAUGAUGUAGUUGACUUUUGUUCGUUAGCUCAAUACUACUCGCUUAAAACCCCUAGUUCAUUCAAAACAGACUUUUUAAAAGCGCUUUACGGUUCGCAAUGUGAAAAGACACCUCACAUUGAACCCUGCAGUGUUUCCCAGGCUUUGUGUCUUCCAGUUUCCGUCUAUGAAUUAGUAGAGAAUUCAUCUUUAGAAUUAAAUACAUCUGACACAGUGCGUUUUUUCUUGGUUGAUUGUCGUCCAGCAGAACAAUACAAUGCCGGACACCUUUCCACGGCAUUUCAUCUUGAUUGUAAUUUAAUGUUGCAAGAACCCCUGGCUUUUUCUACGGCGGUACAAGGGUUGUUAAAUGCACAGCGCCAGGCAAUUGAAGCAAAUUCUAACGCGGGAGGUGAGCACCUUUGUUUCAUGGGAAGUGGCCGGAUGGAGGAAGAUCAAUAUACACAUAUGGUAGUCGCUUCAUUUUUACAAAAGAACACUCAGUACGUAUCGUUACUGACUGGAGGUUAUAUGUCCAUUCACGAUUAUUUUGGAGACCACAUGGCAGAUUGUCUAGAGGACCAUAAUGUUAAAAAAUGCAUUGUUUGUUCUAAAAAUAGUGUAGAACUUAGGAAUUCAUUAAGAACAAUACAAACACAAGAGGAUAAACGAGAUCCUCAACCACGACCAACCUCCGAUAUUUUUAGUCGAUUUUCUGCCGUAAUGAAAUUGAAAUCUUCUGAAGUGAAGGAUAAGCUUUUCGAUAUCAUAACAAAUCCAGCAAAUGGUGUAGGUUCCGCUGCCAAUGCCCAUUCGAAUUUGGGUCAGACUACCAUUCAACAUCGACAUGUUUCGGCCACUGAACGCAAUGGAAAGCGGUAUCGCAAUGUAGCACCGGUAUUUAGCAUUGAUGACGAGAAUGAUGACCAUUAUAACGAAAACGAAGUGAAAGAUUCACCUGAUUCGGUCAGUUCGAAAUUGGCUGGUGAUGCUAAAGAAAUUGUCAGUUUAACUCAGUAUUUAAAGUCGCCAGAUAUAAUUAAUGCAUUCCGGUGUCAGGAAGUUCACAUGAAUGGGUAUAUGUACGAUAGUCAUUUAAUAAUUUCGGCUACACACUUGAUUGUAUUACGAGAACUUGGACGCGGGCAAGCUCAGAUUAUAGUUCGACGUCCCCUAUCAAGUAUAGUUAAAAUAACUGCAAAGAAACGCCACCGCGAUUUGAUCACAUUUAAAUACGGAUUCCCUGAUGGAGAUGGACUACUUAUAACUGACAUGGACCGAUUUCUUAUUCCGAACGCCAGUGAAGCUACAGCAAUUGUAUCAAAACACAUUGUUCAAACGCUAGACGGCUCUAAAUUAACGUAAUGGAAAAUUACCGCAUUAUAUUUACAUCAAACAGCUAAUUGCAUUGAGUGAUGAAGAUUUAUAGGUUUUGUUUAUUUUGUAAAAAAACGUAUUAUAUAUAAUAUAAACAUAUAAAAUUUAAAAAACAUCAA